AUGAAGCAAAACCCUAUAGUUAAACGUCUCAGAGGAUAUAUUGCCAUGAAGACGAAGAAGCUAAACUCUAACUCUCACAAACGUCUAAGAGGAGAUACAUGCAAAUCCUGGUCUGAUCUUCCGUUUGAUCUCUUGAAUUUGGUCUUCGAACGCCUCAGCUUUGCUGAUUUCCAACGAGCUAAAUCCGUAUGCUCGUCAUGGCGCUCUUCGUCGAGACAAUGUGUGCGUAAAAAUCACAUCCCUUGGGUGCUUCUCUUCCCCCAAAACAACCAAUCUAAUUCUUGCAUGUUGUUCAACCCCAAGGAAGAAGACAAAUUCUACAAAACGCAAGAUCUUGGUUUGGAGUUUGCUAAUAGCUCGUGUAUUAAAACCUAUGGAAGUUGGCUCUUGAUGCAAAAUCUGGAGCUAAAUCUCUACAUUGUGAAUCUCUUUACUCACGAGAGGAUUAAUCUACCUCCUGUGGAAUCACAGCUUGGGAUGACAAAGAUACAAUCGCCUGUGUUUUGGAUUGACAAAAAAACAAAAGAUCAUGUAGUUUCAUGGACACUUAGGGAGAAGUGUGUGGUCUAUUCUAAGACAGGAGAUAACUCGUGGAAGCAAAUUCCCAAAACUUCAGGUUGUCGUGACAUGGUUUACAGGGAUCGAAAGCUUUACUUGUUGAGAAGAAGAAAAAAUUACACUGAAUUAGAAGUCAAAAUCUUCUACUUUUCUGGGGAGAUUCCAAAACAAACACGUGUUCGUAUUGAGGAAAAACGUAAUGUAAGUCCCAUACGUUUUAAACCAGUUGGUAUUUUGGGAAUUAAUUGGUGGCGCACUGUUUCUACAAACAUUGUAGUCACAGUAACAGGAGAUGUCCUCAAGGUUGUAAAAAUGUGGGGGUUUAGACGCUGGUCCUUCCGUCUCUACAAGGUUUAUUCAUUAGGGUUUAAAAAAUAUGAACAAGUCUAUUCCUUGGGCGACGAGGCAAUGCUUUUGGAUCUAGGUAUCACUGUGCUCGCUAAUGACAAUGAUGGAAUCCUUAGAAAUACCAUCUAUUUCAGUGAUUGCAAUAACGAGAAACUACACGAAUUUGAUUGCUCGUCUGUUCAACUCUCUAGUAGGCGAUGGUUACCAAGGAAUUCACUAAGACAUGAUUGA